GCCAGCCAAUCGCUCCUUAGAGAGCCACAGGCGCUGGCCAAUCAGUGCGCCCACAACCUAGAGGGCGGCAAGGCACGUCACGCGCGCCGCGGCGGCUGCCGGCGAGCGGGGAUGUCUGACUGGGAGGAGAGCGAUGACGAGGCCGCGGGCGCUCCGGGGCCGCCGCCGUCUUCUGCGGUUGCCACCGCGAUCCUGUGGCAGCCGCCGGCCACCCUUCGGCCGAGCCGCUCCUCGUCGGCGGGCGACUUGGGGCGAAGGGGCGCAGAGUGGCGGCAGGAGGUGACAGCGAGCGUCGGUGGGGAGGAACGGGAAUCGGGCGCGGCUGGCAGCCGCUGGGGGCGGGCAGCGCGAUGGCGGCACCCGAGAGCCGCCGCAGGCAGAGCUCAGGAGGCCGCGGAGCCUCUCUGCUUCUUCAUCAGCAGCGCUCUGGCUGGGGCUCUGAUAGGUCGGGGAGGAGCUAAAAUAAAAGAACUUGAGGAAUCUUCGGGUUCUAGGAUACAGGUUAUUAAGGGAACCUCUGAAGCAGAAGUGAAGAUUUUUGGCAGCGUUGCUGUGCAGAACAAAGCCAAGGUGCUGAUUGAUGAAACAGUUUUAAGCUGUGGACAAAGCAGCUCUAGAGGAAAAUCCUUGGAUGUUAUCAAUCCUGAAAAUAUCCCAAAGAAACCAGUGAUCAACUGGGCCUCUCUUCGAGAAAACAGAGCUAAAUACGAGGCUAUGAAGUGGGCAGACCUGCCUCCAAUUGAGAAAAACUUCUAUAAAGAAUCAUCAAGGACUGCAUCCAUGUCACCGGAAGAAGUAGAACUGUGGCGGAAAGAAAAUAACAAUAUAAUUUGUGAUGACUUAAAAGAAGGUGAAAAGCGCUGCAUUCCCAAUCCUGUUUGUAAAUUUGAAGAUGUAUUUGAGCAAUAUCCUGAUAUUAUGGCUAAUAUAAGAAAAAUUGGUUUUCAGAAACCUACGCCCAUUCAGUCCCAGGCAUGGCCAAUCAUACUCCAAGGAAUUGAUCUUAUUGGCAUAGCACAGACUGGUACCGGGAAGACAUUAGCUUACUUAAUGCCUGGAUUCAUUCAUUUGGCUUCACAACCAAUAUCCAAAGAUGAGCGUGGAGGGCCAGGAAUGUUAGUCCUUGCUCCCACCCGAGAACUGGCACUUCAAGUAGAGGCAGAGUGCUUGAAGUACGCAUACAAAGGAUUUAAAAGCAUCUGCAUAUACGGUGGUGGGGACCGGAAAGCACAGAUAAACGUGGUUACCAAAGGUGUGGAUAUUGUUAUUGCUACUCCUGGGAGACUGAAUGAUCUUCAAAUGAACAACUUCAUAAACUUGAAGAGCAUAACAUACUUGGUUUUAGAUGAGGCUGACAAAAUGCUGGAUAUGGGAUUUGAACCCCAGAUAAUGAAGAUCUUAAUAGAUGUGCGGCCGGACAGACAAACUGUUAUGACGAGUGCUACUUGGCCUGAUGGUGUUCGUCGCCUAGCAAAAUCCUAUUUGAAAAAUCCCAUGAUCGUAUACGUUGGCACUCUUGACUUAGCAGCAGUAAAUACAGUAGAACAGAAAGUUGUUGUUAUCAACGAAGAAGAAAAGAAAGCUUUCAUGGAAAACUUCAUUGACUCUAUGAAGCCAGAAGAUAAGGCCAUCAUUUUUGUUGGAAAGAAAUCUACAGCUGAUGACAUAGCAAGUGACCUUGGUGUCCAAGGAGUUCCAGUGCAGUCUCUUCAUGGUGACAGAGAGCAGUGUGAUCGAGAACAGGCUUUAGAUGACUUCAAGAAAGGUAAAGUCAGAAUCCUGGUAGCUACUGACUUAGCAUCCCGUGGCCUUGAUGUGCAUGAUAUUACUCAUGUUUUUAACUUUGACUUCCCUCGCAACAUUGAGGAGUAUGUUCAUAGAGUAGGUCGUACUGGAAGAGCAGGACGUACUGGGAAGGCAGUAACGCUUGUCACUAAGAAAGAUUGGAAGGCUGCAUCUGAGCUGAUUGAUAUCCUGCAAAGAGCAAAACAAGUAGUUCCCGAUGAGCUGGUUUCAAUGGCAGAAAGAUACAAACAAUAUCGAAUCAGAAAAGAAAUGGAAAAGGAUAUGCAAAGACCUCAGAGAAAGUCCCCAAAGUGACCAAUGCCUUGAAAUUACUAAAACAAAAGAACUGGAUUACUGAAUGUAAGCAAUGUUUGUGUUACUUCCAAAUUCAGUACUGUCACGCUGACGGGCCACAUCUGACAGUGGCAUGCAAAUUUCCCUGGGUAACUUAGUUAUUUAAAAACUGUUCUGCUUGCAGUAACUGAUGCUUGCUGAAGCAGAUUAUUAUUAUUAUUAAUUUUGAAACUAACAUUGGAAGUCAUUUUUGUUAAGACUUGAGAGACAAGCUUGAGAAAAGUCUGCAUCUCUUCCUUGUGGAGGAGACCAUAACAAGAAAUGUGCAUUCAUGGCCAGCUGAAAAAAGCAACUUCUGCGUUUGUCCUCACGGAGGUAACCAUCUGCCUUAAGGAAGGAAUGCACAGUCCAUGAGUGGUAUUAACAAAGUCAUAAAGAGCAUCUUAGGGAAAAAAAGACAUUUGAAGGUCAGCUUGCUUUCUGAUAAAGUUAAUUCGUACUUUACACAUGAGUUUCAGGUUCUGUCACACAUACUGUUAGUGGUAAUUAGAAUCUUUCGGGGUUGUAUUUGAAGAGACAAUACAAAUGACAUUUGAUCUGAAUUUGUGUUUACUUGUGUCAUAUGAAUAAGUGAAAACCUAAUAAACUGCAUCGAAGUGAGA